AUGUCAACUCAAGGUCAAUCCUGGAACAGUAUUAAGUAUGGUGAACAAUUUGGUUUCCUUAUUAAUCCUCUGAAAACUAAAAAACCAAAUGUUUUUAUUUAUGGACUUGUUGCUGAUUUAAUCCGUGAACUUCAACAGAAAAUGCAUUUUAAUUACACUAUUGACGUAGCCGAUCUAUCAACAAGCUAUCAUUCUCUUGUUGCAUCCGUUGCAAGUGAUAAUCGUCAAUAUGAUAUUGUUUUAUCUGAUAUUAGAAUAACUUCAGGUCGUCUUCUUACAGUGGAUUUCUCAACACCAUUUCAUGAAAACACAUUUCGAAUAAUAACUCGACAACAUCCAUAUUCUUCAUCACUUAGUCUUUUCUCGUGUUUUAAUCCAUUUACUUGGGAUGUAUGGGUGGCUAUUUUUGCAAUUAUGAUUUAUUCAGGAAUCAUUAUUUAUUUUUUUGAAUAUCAAAAUAUAAAAAUUGAAAAUAGACAAUCUCAAUCUGAUUUAAAAGAUAUGAUAAUUGGUAUAUAUCAUGCAUUAACUAGUAUUUUGAUCAUGAGUGGUGACAUACGUUUAGCAACAGCUUCAAGUCGAUUAACAGUUUUAGGUUUAUAUGCAUUAGGUGUUAUUCUUGUUGCAACUUAUACAGCUAAUCUUUCAUCUUUUCUUACGCUAAACCGUGUUCAACCGUCUAUUUCUGGUAUUGAUGAUAUAAAAAAUGGACGCAUACCUUUUUCACGUAUUGGUAUAGUCACCAAUUCAGCUGCAUCAGAUUAUUAUAUACAAAAUAUUUCUUCUAAAUAUUAUCCUCUUUCGACAGCUGAAGAGAUGUACUCAAAAUUACUUGAUCAUACAAUUGAUGCAUCUAUAUGGGAUUCAUCUGUAAUUGAAUAUGCUGUUAACAAUUAUUUUUGUGAUGAAUUAACUGUAACUGGUGUUGGUUUUGUUAAAUCAUCGUUUGGUAUUGUCUUACCUAAAAAUUGGAUAUACAAGAGAGAUUUAGAUGUUCAUAUUCUGGCUCUACGUGAAUCAGAACGAUUAGAAUCGUUAGAAAAGAUGUGGGUUAAAUAUCGAGGAUGUCCAUCAUCAUCAAGCAGUUCAAAUUAUGCUGAUGGUUCGAAAACUGCAACAUUUUCACUUGAUAUCUUGGGUGGACUCUUUCUUACGUUUCUGAUCAUAACUGUGAUAGCAUUUGGCUUUCAUAUAUGGCAUUGUCGAGUAGUUAUUAUUACUACAUUUUAUCAGAGUAGGAAACGAAUUACACCAUCAAUAAUUCAAAAGAUAAUGAAAUAUUAA